AUGGGCAUUGUCAAGACGGUAUAUCAACUCACCAUCGUCAAAGACAAGGAUUCGCAUUUCAACAACAAUGUACGAUUCUGGGGCUUUGUCCAGCUUAAUGUUGGAAUCAUCGCCGCCUCCAUACCCACGCUAAAGCCACUUCUGCGAAAAAUCAGCAAGUCGACGAACAGCAACCAAUACAACCAAUUCCAGGACGGCGACAAAGCCAGGACCAUCGGCAGCGCACCACCUUCCAGACCUCGCAGAUCGAUCUUGACCACCCUGAGCGGCACACGAACGGAUAAAAGGGCUGAUGCCGAGGCAUACGAGAUGUGGAGGGCGACUGCAGGAUCAGCGCAAGGCGGGAAGAAUGAGAUCUAUGCUGUCAGUGAAGAGCGCGCAGGGAGUGAGGACUACAUUCUUGGAGGACAUCCGCACGAUUCGAAGCAGAUCAAAUGCACAACAGAAGUGACUAUCAACAAUGAGGGGACCGAUUCCAGGGUCUGA